UGAGAAUUCUAAAAAUGUAAAAUUUGUCAGUGGGUAUACCUGUGUGUGUCUGUUUAUGUGUACCUAUGACUUUCUCAUUCCCAAUAUGCACUAGAUCCUUUGGGCCAAAACACCAGUGACAUCCACAUACAGUGAAAAUCUCUGCUUCUCGUCAGGAAAAACAAGAGCAGCAGGUGCUCUUUUACCGCAGGAGAAGACUGUGUGUACAGCAGAGUUAAACUCAGCUUACCCCUUCUAACUCUGUACUCAGAUAUAAAAGGUGUUAUGAAAAUGGUUUCAGUGUUAGCACAUUUGUAUAAGGGAGCCUGGAGUGUGUUUGCCUAGAAGCUAGAAUGAAUGUUUUCACUGGGCUAUGAAAAUGUAACAUGCUCUAUUAGUGCCAAGUAUUUUGCUGACUAGGCAUACAAAAGAGGAUUGUUCCAUGUUUGGACCUUAAGAGAGCUGGUUUCCAAACCCACUUCCUGCAUAACAGCAGGCAAAUGGCUUAGCCCGUCCAUGUGUCAGGAAGACUCAGUGUGGCAGUUUGCAGAGAUAGCUCUGACCAGGUCCCAGGAACAAAUGUUGUUGCAUUAUUAUAAUGUUUUGCAGAAGUAGUGUGCUCUAGUUUGCAGGCCUAACCAGCCUGUGCAACCAUAUUGCUUGCCAUGCUAAAUUGUUGGGGUACUGCAGUGGGUAAUGGAGUCACAUCUGUGCUUAGCAUUUCCCCACCUGCUGCCAUUGAAACUGGUGUCCGUCUCAUCCUGGGCUUUUCAGGGAACGGAGUCAGACCAGCCACCACUAAAUACUGAAAUUCCCACCUUUUUUUUCUUUCAGCAGACACCGUGGAGGCAAUUUUCCAACAUGAAUCUGGUAGCAGAUCUUCUCUGUUUGUUGGCUUGCCUUACCCUGGUGACUUGUGACAGGGUCUACGUCCACCCUUUCAAUUUGUUUUCUUUCAACGAGAGUGACUGUGACAAGCCAGAAAAAUUGGUUCAGGAGGGAAAGAUGAAAACUAUUGUCCCCGUCUCCAUUGAGUCUCAAACCACACCUGCCUACGAAGAUGACUUGAAUGACAAGGACACGUUGGAACCCCUGAGCCUAAAUGGCUGGGGGAAGGAGGAACCAGGCUACAUGAAGGACUUGGUGUACAUCCUGGGAGUGCGGUUUUACAGCAUGCUGCGGAAAGCGCGGCAGGGCCAAAAUGUGCUUCUGUCCCCAACCAGUCUUUACAGUUCCUUGGUGUCUUUCUACCUGGGUGCCUCAAACCAAACAGCACUUGAUUUGCAGGGUUUGCUGGGACUUGUUCCCCCCUCUGGAAACCCUGACUGCACUUCCAGGGCAGUGGGAAGCAAUUUCCUUUCCAGCCUGAGGACAAUCGAAAGCCUCAUGAAGAGUAGGGACGAGGAGCUGCUCUUUUCCAAGACACUCUGCCUGUUCUCUGCCCCUGGAAUACCUUUAUUUGAACUGUUCAUGCAGGACUUGCUCCACUCUGCUGAUGCUUUCUACGCCCGAGCUGUUGACUUCACAAAUCCAAGUGAGGCAGCAAAACAAAUAAAUGCCUUUGUGGAGGCCAAAAGCAAGGGCCAAAGCAAGCGCUUACUGACAGAUAUCAAUCCAUCUGCAGACCUGCUGUUUGCGGUGGACGUCUGCUUGGCAGUGAAGGUUAAGCAAGCCUUCCAGCUGAAAGAGCCUCAGGAGUUCUGGAUGGAUUCAAACACAAAUGUCUUGGUCCCUAUGUUGUCCAUCAUGGGGACAUUCCAGUACAAAACUGAUGCCAGUGGGACUUUCUCUGUGGUAGAAGUCCCCAUCAGCAAGACGGCACUGCUGGUGCUGCUGCAGCCCAUCAAUGGCAGUGACCCGGAGCACGUGGAGUCUGAGCUGACAUGGCAGUCCUCAGCCUGGCUUCAGCGGCUGUCCCCAAGAGAAAUUAAAUUAACGCUGCCGGCAUUAAGAAUAGAAGACAGCUCUGAUCUACAGGAGCUUCUUGCAGAUAUGGAACUGCCGGCACUGCUGGGGAAGGGGGCAGAUUUCAGUAAAAUAAGCAACACCAAUCUAACAAUUGGAAAGGUAAUAAAUAAAGCCUUUUUCAAACUGACCAAUGAUGAAACAGAUCAGGCAGAAGAUCCUGCAGCACAGAAGGAAGAUGGGGUGUACCUGGAUGUAACGCUGAACAAGCCGUUCCUUUUUGCUGUUUUGGAAAAGAAGUCAAGGGCAAUGCUUUUCCUUGGCAGAGUAACAAACCCUCUGCAUGAGGUUUAAAUGCAAACACAGGGGAUAAGAAAGGAAGGGAAUGAUGCCAUUUCCCAUCACCGUUUUCUUAUUCAUCGGCUAUUUUUGUGAUGUUGUUGAGUGCUCUACUUAGAGAUGAAGCAGUUAGUGUUUGAAAUACAGCUUUUUGAAAGCUAACACAUUGCAGCAUUUCAUCCUCAUUCAUCAGUUUCAUGUGAGGUGACACACUCUUCCUCCAGCUUCUCUUUUUAUUCUCACUUUGUCUCCCUUUUGCUCCCAGCUCCCUUUUUUGAUGCAGUGGGGCAGGGCAGCGUUUCGAUGCAAGGCAUCGACUUUAAAAAAACAGUUUUAUAAGCACAAACAGCAUUUACUAUAGAAAGGUAUAGAAAAGGACCUCUUCAUUCUUUAAGAAGCUGUUUAAAUUUUUUGUUUGGUCAGUUUUGCAAGAGAGACCGCCUUUUACAUUACAGUGAAAAUUUUGCAAUUAUCCACAGAAAUUUCUAGCUUCAUCAGCAACAUUUUCCUUUAAAAAGCUGUCAACAGCACAGGCAGGCUUUGCUUGUCCCACUGAGACAAGAUUUUUUGCCUUGAAAGCAAAACCAUGCUUAGAGGAAGUUUCUUGUUUCUGCAGCCCAGACGGAUACAUUAAUUUCCUAACUCUAUGGAAAUGCUAAAAAUAGGGCUUGGUAGCAUUAAUGAACUGUGAUGGAUAAAUUCUCAGAGCGGGACAGAAUUAUCUCUGAUUUUUUUAAGGGAAAAAAAAAAGGCCUACUAUUCCAAUACAGUUGCAUUCCUUAGAUUACAUCCUAACCUGCAAGGCAUUUAUUACCACUUUGUAGUAAAAAAAGACACUACUGGAUAGAUCCCAGUUCUGUAAACUUUAACAAAUCCAAACCAUAUGUUCUUUAAAAAUAGCAUUAAUGGCAGUAAUAUAUAUUAGUAUAAAUGGUGGAUGUGGUGCUGCAACUUGUAAAUAAAAUUAUUACAGUGGUCAAGUCCAACUCUUAACAGACUUUGAAAUAUUAAAGUGGAACCACAAAUUUUUAGAGGACUCUUGAAUUAGGAACUGAGGAAUUGGGAGAUAAACCUUGUUACUAAGGAAAGCCUUCCAGUGAAACAAGGAUUUCCACCUCUCAUCUCUAGAUUUGUCUUUAGCGCUGAUGGCGUUUAGAAAAUAACUGCAGACUUCUCGGGCAUAAGAUGUUAGAUGCAUCCUAUAGAGCACAGCAGUUCAUUAUCAUCCACGGUGCUCCAAAUGUCUAUCUAAUCUAAAUGCACUAAUGCCAGCAGCUUGCUGUCGGUGAGGUAUAUAUGUGACAGGUCCUUCUAGCUUAAUGGAAAAUGCUAUGACAUUAUAAAUAAAAUAAAAUAACACAAAUCCCAAGAAUACUAGGAUUUCAAGUGCUAUGAUAUAGCAUCCAUGUAUUUAUCCAAUCAUACUGUAUGUAUUUCAGAUGCUCUAACAUCUAAAUAUUGUACUUGUAUUAUGUACAGAAGCAAUUAACUACAAAUAUACAGAGAUGGAUAGAUGCAAAUAAACCUACUUCUAAGUUUCUUUGCCACAGUUCAGUUGGGAUUUUGCCCCUAACUACAUCCCUUGUUCUGGCUUCUGAAAUCUGCUCCAAGUCAGAUUUAUGUUUUUAAGACAGUAAGUUGCAUAUUAUCAUGCAGUACAGUUAAUGGUAUAGCUUUAAGCAUGAAAGCUUCAUACUAAUUAAAAAGUUCAUGCUAACUUAAAUGUUAUCUCAUUUACUCACUGAAGUCAGAAGGUAGCAUCAGCUACAAAUAAAACUUCAGACCACAAAAUGUUCCAUUUCUAUGAUAAAGAUGGACAAUACCAAAAGGAAGCCCCUGAAAACACUGACGGAAAGUUUGGAGCAAAAUGCCAUUACUCCCAGGUGUGGGCUGCAUGUUCUGGAAACCCCAUACCCUGUUCAGUGGUUACAGGCAGAAAAACAAACCAACCAAUCCACCAUCUACCAAACCAAACACACUUUUCUGAAAACAAACUUUGUGGUGAAGACCUCCACUGACACCUUAGAGAAGAAAAGGAAGGAGAAAAGGGCAGAAACAGGGAAUUAAAAAUAUAGAACAGAACAAGUUCAUUAUUAUUGGUGGAAAAAGGAGAGUAAAUAUUCCACCAUAUUGAGUGAUCCAGCCAAAUAUACGUACUGCUAGUUAUCUUUAGGUGAUGAAGUUAAAACAGUCUGGUCUACCGCUGCUAUAACUUACAAAGUUGAGAAUGCAGUUACCAUUUUAGAGGAAAACAUGCCGCUGCUUUUCCCCUCCUCAAUAUUAUACAAAACCUCUUCCAGCUAAAUUCCUUCCAGGAUUAGAAAGGCAUAUCAAGUUUUCUAAAGGUCCUAGAAUGGAAGAAGAAAAAGGCACAAAAUCAAAGCUGCAUUACUGUCACGAAGUGAAGUGCACUUAAAAAAUUACCUAAGGAAUAGAAGAAAGAGGAUUAGUGGCAGAAGACACCUUCAUUAGAACGCACUUACUUACAUGGUAGAUCCUCUCCUCCUCACUGAUCCACAGUAUCUGAAAAAGCUAAAAUUUGUUUUACCGAAGACAAAGCCAAUUCACACCUCUUCUUUCUUUCAACAGAGGUAUCACAUAAAUUCUUAACUGAUGUCAUAUUCCAAUGAAAGAAAAUUAAAUGCUAUUCAAGUGAACAAAAAUAAAAGAUGGGGAACUGACACAGAACUUGUGAUGGAGACAUUUACAGCAAUCAUAAAACCAUUCAAUAAUUUUGAUUUGCUAGACAAUGUUAUUUCCUGCCCAGAAACUAAAGCUGGUCUUCAAUGAAAAAGAACAGAAUUCAGCCUAUAUCCUCAGCAAGCUGAUAAUGACAUGUGGGAAGCAUUGUUAUUGCAGGACGAUGUCGGAAAUCUCAUGCAACUUAAGGUGAAGUCACCCCUUCAUGCCCUUUUGGUUUGGUACACAGACUGCAUCCUUUUCCCUUAUUUUGGAGGAUAAGACAGCUUUGUUUGUAUCCUCACUCCCCAGUAUGCACAGAUCUCAGAAUUUGCUACUUUUGUUACAGAUGUUACAUAAAUUUAAAUGUAUAGAUACAUUUAUGUAUCAUGUGUGUACAGAUAGACACAUUCUGAAAUAAAAAGUUGCACGAUGCAUUUACAAUACUACAA